AUGGUCCCAUCAACAAUGACACCGCCCACGUUGUCGUGGCCCAGCUCCUCUUCCUUGAAUCUGAAAACCCCCUCCAAACCCAUCCACAUGUACCUCAACUAUCCUGGCGGCCUUGUCACCGCAGGCCUUGCGAUUUAUGAUACGAUGCAGUACAUAAAGUCUCCGAUCAACACGAUAUGUUUGAGGCAAGCUGCAUCCAUGGCUUCUCUCCUUUUAGCAGCGGGUGCUAAGGGUGAAAGCCGAUCCCUCCCCAAUGCUACCAUCAUGAUCCAUCAGCCUUCUUGUGGGUACAGCGGCCAGGCUAGAGAUCUGACCAUCCACACCAAGCAGAUCGUUCGUGUUUGGGAUGCAUUGAACGCUUUGUAUUCCAAGAACACGGGGCAAUCUGUCGAUGUGAUUCAGAAGAAUAUGGACAGGGAUUGUUUUAUGACACCGGAAGAAGCUAAAGAGUUUGGGUUAAUUGAUGAAGUGUAA